AUGCCCUCCGCUACAAAGACCCGAUUCUUAAGCGUCAUCCUACAGAACCCCCCAGAUACUCACGCUCCCCAGGGAAUGCCGGUCGUAUCUUUGACUACAGUCGAGAUAUCAUUGGACUGCGGCUUUUUGUUUCGCCCAGAGAAAGAUCCACACGAGCGCAGGAAUACAGUUAACAACAAAAACGCACCCUGGUUCCACUUCUUAUCAUGCCCCAACCUGGCGGCAGAUUUGACUUUGGACUCAUAUGCGGGCUUUACAAACUUCACAGAGAACAAUAUGAUACCUUUGGAAGAUAGAAUUGACCAUUCAUCACGGUCUUUGCAUGCCCUAGUGGACUUUUGUCUUCAGAAGUUGCUGUCCUCUGCGACAACGAAAUUCUCUGGCAUUCACGUCAUUGACAACAACCUCCAAACCCUUCAGCAACUUGCUCCGGCAAUUUUCAACCCCGAAUAUCGUGAAGCUAUGAAUCAAAGAUCCGUUUCAUGCCCCAUAAUCGCCAAAGCAGUCAACUCGAUGUUGGCCACUACCUCAAACCCAAUUUUGCAGAAAGAAGUUUCGAAGAUACACAGAGAUGGCAAACAGUGGAUCGCGGACAGCUUGUGGUGCAUGGCUCAAACCAAUCUCCGCCAGUUAAAGUUUGGAAACAAACUUGGAUCUUUUCGUUCCCAGGGCCAGGGGACGGACGAACCCCAGACAAAUGCCGAGAGAGCCGUCGCGGCUUCAUUUACAGAAGACAUCUUUCAUGAGGGGGAAAUCCUCGACUUUGGAAAUGAUUGGAGCCUAGAAAUUGACAACGAAUGGGAACUCGAAGCCUCCCCGCAAACACUACGCACUGACGUCGAUGAUGAAACAGAUGGUCCGCUUCUCGGAAGCAGCGGUGAGUCCAGCUUUCAGGAUUUAUACGAAUCAACCCAAACCACACUAGACAGUCUUCCCCUCCCCGAGAUCGUCCCCUCUCAGCUUACGGAUACGGAGAUGCUACUCUUCGAUUGCGAUCUUGAAUAG